AGCAAAAGAGGAGAGAGGAGAGAGGAGAGAGGAGAGAGAGGAAGAUAACGUAACAAUGGCCGGUGGGGCUGCCAGCGCCGUUGCCGGAGAUCGCACUCCGGAGCUCAUUGGUCUAGUUCAUGACAUUGUUGGAAUUUGCGGUGGAGUUGGGGGAUCCUCUUCUGCUACUGCCAUUGAAGCCGAUGCUAUGUUCAAGAAGGAUUGCACCGAUCUGGUUCGUCGGAUCUCUUUACUUACUUAUUUGUUCGAGGAGAUUAGGGACUCGAAGAAGGCCGUUGUUGAUUCUGGAAACUCGGAUGCUUCUACUUCGUCCACUGGCUCUGCAUCUUCCUGGUCCUCUGAUCUGGUGCUCGCUCUCCACUCAGCCAAGCGCCUUAUUUCUGUCGCUAGGAACUUCCGUUCUAAUUCAUCUUCUGAUGGAGCUGCCAAGGCCAUUGUAUUCCAAUUUCAAUGUGUGACAUGGAAAUUGGAAAAGCUGUUAAGCGUCCUACCCUAUGACGAUCUAGACAUAUCAGAGGAAGUCAGGGAACAGGUGGAGUUGGUCAGAACACAACUGAGACGAGCCACUGAAAAAUAUGAAUAUAUGAUUUCCGAGCAGUCAUCUUAUGACUCAUCUCAGCCAAUGGCUCUGGAAAUUAGUCAAAGUUUCCGUAGAUCUGUGAAUGGAUUGCACAAACAGCAUAGCUGUCCUGGUUCUUUAUCAGAUCUAGAAAGCAUUCCUAGAAGCAGUGGAUGGAACAGUGGUAGCACAAAUCAGACAAGCCCUCGCUUGGAAAGAGCACAGAGCAUCCCUGCAUCGUCUGAGGUUUCAAUAUCUAAUCUUGUUGAUCCUGAAGGUCAAGAAAAUUCUGUGAAAAAGACUCUUACUGAAGUGAAAAAGCCUGAGGCAAUUCGUAUUCCUGAAGAUUUUCUUUGCCCUAUAUCCUUGGAACUAAUGAGGGAUCCUGUUAUUGUGGCCACAGGUCAGACAUAUGAGAGAUCUUACAUCCAGAGAUGGAUAGAUGGGGGAAAUACAACUUGUCCAAAAACUCAGCAGAAGCUCCAACAUUUGACACUUACACCAAACUAUGUGUUAAGGAGCCUUAUAACUCAAUGGUGUAUGGAGCAUAAUAUUGAGCAGCCAACAGGACUUACAAAUGGGAAGAUAAAAAAGAGUGAUGGAUCAUUCAGAGAUGUUACGGGUGACAUGGCAGCCAUCGGAACUCUUGUCCAGAAGCUUUCUAGCCAGAACAUUGAAGAGCGUAGAGCAGCUGUUGCUGAAAUUCGAUCACUUUCCAAACGAAGCACAGAUAACAGAAUACUAAUUGCUGAAGCAGGAGCAAUCCCAAUUCUUGUUAACCUUUUGACAUCAGAAGAUGUGUUGACUCAAGAAAAUGCCGUUACUUCCAUUCUCAACCUCUCUAUCUACGAGAACAACAAAGGACUCAUAAUGCUUGCUGGUGCCAUCCCGUCCAUUGUCCAAAUCCUAAGAGCUGGAAGCAUGGAAGCAAGAGAAAACGCAGCAGCAACCCUCUUUAGCUUGUCACUUGCAGAUGAGAACAAAAUAAUUAUCGGUGCCUCUGGAGCUAUCCUUGCUUUGGUAGAAUUGCUCCAAAAUGGGAGUCCUAGAGGGAAGAAGGACGCCGCAACAGCAUUAUUCAACUUAUGCAUAUAUCAAGGAAACAAGGGUAGGGCCAUAAGAGCAGGGAUCAUUGCAGCAUUGUUGAAGAUGCUUACAGACUCAAGCAAGUCGAUGGUCGAUGAAGCGUUGACAAUAAUGUCGGUUCUUGCCAGCUACCAAGAAGCAAAGGUUGCCAUUGUAAAGGCCAGCACUAUACCUGUUCUUAUUGAUCUAUUGAGGACUGGAUUGCCUCGAAACAAAGAAAAUGCAGCUUCCAUUUUACUUGCCUUGUGUAAGAGGGAUCCUGAAAAUCUGGCUUGUAUAAGCAGGCUUGGUGCUAUCAUACCUUUGACGGAACUUGCUCGGAAUGGCACGGAGAGGGCUAAAAGGAAGGCUACUUCACUAUUAGAGCAUCUACGAAAGUUGCAACAUAUUUGAAUGUUGGUGAAGUUGUGCAGAUAAUUCAUAAUUGGGCCAUCUUUUUCUUUCCAAUUAUUUGGCAUAAUUUUCCAGUCUCUCUCUUGGAUUUGCAAGCUGAUCACGUGAGGGUGAAGAUAAGAAAAAGCCUCAUUGUUCAGUGCAUUCUUUUCUUGUUUUGUUUUUCCCCCCCGAUUAACCUCGUCUUCUAUAAGCGUGUAAAGAAAUCAAUUGAAUUAUUGUUUCCUCACGAAAUUGUUAUUGGAUUUGUCUUCCACUUCUCUUCUUUUAGCACUUCAAAAAGACGAUUGAUGAGCUUCCGGUCCUUUGCAUUCUAGCAGAAAAUAGAAGAAUGUAGAGUCUUAGAAGUUCA